AUUUACAGCCUUGGAAACCCUAUGGGAUGGUUCUACUCUGUCCUGCAGGGUCACUAUGAGUCAGAAUUGACUCUGUGGCAGUGGGUUUUUUUUUAAAUAGCUGAAAUACAAACAUCUGCCUUCAAUCUUUUGCAGUUUACAAAGCAGAUCAUUUUUUAAAUUGGUAUUUAUAAAAGUCUUGGGUAACUAUAAAAUUCUUUAUUAAAUGUAACAGUUAUAGUUUUGAAAAUCUGAAAUACCAUUUUGGGAAUAAGACUUCCUGAUAUACAUACGAUGAAUGUCUAUAACAGGAUAGUAAAAGAAUUUUGAAACAUAUUCACAAAACUUAUAUCCUAAUAAUCCUUGAGUGAAGAACAUCUGUUAACAUAAAUUAGUUUAAAAAACGAAGCAAACAAAAAAACCCAAAAUUACUGAUAUCAUUAACGACUACAUCCCUACUAUGAACUGUGUUUUUUCUGAUAUUUAAUAAAGUCCUUAACUAUUUACUAUGUUUUGCAUAUUGGCGUAUAUGUACUAAAUUAGUAUGGCAGUGCCUUUAUUGAAAUAAAUGGAAGAGAAAGCAUAUAUACUAAUAUUCUUUAAUUAAUCAUAAUAUUCUGGCUCAUUUUUUAGAAAUCUUCAAAACAAGUUACAUUUUUCAUUCAGCUGAAUUUGUGAAUCCAUAUACAGAAUAUUGAAAUACAAUGAGAACAAAUUCCAAUAAAACUGUUUAAAAACAGAUUUACCUAGUUUAAAACUGUUUUGCUGAUUUCCAGAAUUAGAUUAGUUUAUAUAAUUUUAACUUUAACAGGUUUUAGAAAUUGAAACUCAUCUAGGUUUCAUAUGCUUUCAGAUUCAUAAGAAAUAUUUUCACUCUAUUUGUAGGCAUUUAUUUUGCAUGACUAAAUGUGAUUUCAUUCAAACUUUUUGUUAGAACUUAUUUACCAAGUAGUUUUGCAGAACAAAAAAUAUAAACACAUGAAAUUUUCUCUCUGUUUUAUGAAACUAUUGUCCAUGGUUCAUGUUGAUUGUAAGUUAUAUAUUUUUCUUUAUUUGGUUUUUAACUUGGUGUUCUUUUAUUUUAAAAGAAAUCUAAUCAAAUCAAACUGGCAUUCUGUUAAUUGAAAAUCGAGCACUUAUACUCAACUCUAAAAUGAAAUCAAAUUAUGUAAUCCAAACUUAAGGCAAAUUUUCCAGACUAGUUAACAAGCAAGAUUUUUAAUACAACACAAUAGAGCAUAGGAGAUAGAAUUGCAUUCAGUAUGAUUUGUAGGAGGCUCGUGUCAUAGUAUUUAAUUUUACACCUACGUAGAUACAUUGAUUAUACUUUAGCAAAUACGUUUCAUGUAUUCCAGGUGUGUGUAGUUUUAUCAUUAGCUUUAUCAUCAUCUUAUUAAUACUCAUUUAAGCCAAAUAAGUGUUUUUAAAGUUCAUUUUAAUAAAAACCGAAAGAUAAUUCAGUUUACUAAAACCUACCGCUUUAUCCAUUUUAUUUUCUUAUUUUAUGGGAGUGUUGAAGUAGAAUUGGCAGGGUUAAGGCAACAGUGGGUAACAAAACACUUAGUGUUUUGCAUACCACAUUUGCUAUAUAGCCCUGGAAUGUAAAGAAAAUGCAGGUAAGAAAUUAUCCCACUGUAGUUUUUUGGAGUUAUGAUGUAUUGGUAAAAAAGUAACUUGUAAUAUUCUAAUGAAAACGUUAACUGAAGAAAUGUAAAUGGAAUUGAUUGAUUAUUUUAUCUCUCCUGUAUAUUUGUUCCUUUCAUUCUUAAACCUGGAAGGCUUUUAAUUUAAAAAAUCAAAAAAAAAAAAGCACUCUAUUUUUAAACUGUUUGUAUUAAGCUUCGAGAGCCAGUGAAUCUUCUUCCCAAGGAGAACAGACUUGAUUAUCACAUCACAUCUUAGGGCCAGUGACAAAACAUUUUACAUUAUUAAAGAGUUGUUAUAGCUGUAUUUUGUUUGCCUGCCAUUUAAAUACGUUGAAGAAAAGAUUGAGAGGAAAGUUAGAAAUAGCCUACUGCUGCUAGUAAAAUAUAGAUUAAUCAUGCAGAAUAUGCACCAACUGAGACAGUUUACCUUCCCACCAGGUAUUUUUGGCUCUGUGUUUUUUUGUUUGGAAAGUUAAACUCUUUUACUCAUUUAUCAUUAGUCACUCCAUACCCAUGUUCCUUGUACAUUCUAUAUCAUAAGAAACUAGGGAGUGAAAAUGUUAAUCUAUAAUAUUAAGUAUCAUACUCCUAUUUUAGGUGGUGUAGUGGUUAAUAACAACGGCUGCUAAACAAAAGGUCAGCAGUUCGAAUCUACCAGGCGCUCCUUGGAAUGGGGCAAUUCUACUCUGUCCUAUAGGGUUGCUAUGAGUCGGAAUCUACUUGACAGCAAUGGGUUUUUUGGUUUUUUUAUUUUAAUUAUUUACUAAUUUCCAGAAUACACUUAAUAUUCACUUACACAUAUUGGUUAUGAGUCUGCUCUGUACGAUUCUAGGUGCAGGAUGUAUGUACAGUGGUGCACAAGACAGAGUUGACUCUAGCUGACUUAGGGAUUUUCUGCAAUUUAAGAAUGCUUUAAUGAAAACAAAGAGGGCUGUCAAGAGAAUUUGAAAACUUUGGAUCUUGUUUCAGUUGAGGUACAUUUACUUAUAAAGUGAUUUUUAUAUUUAUCAAUUGGUGUUUUGUUUUACUGGAUGUCUAAUAACACUAUACCAACAAAACUUUAAUGUUAGGUGGUACAGGGCUAGUUUUUGUUUGUUUUUUAAUCUAAAUCUUUCAUAUUUCUCGUGUAACUAGUCAUUUGCACCUUAGCAUUUCUUCAUCUGUGUGUGUAUUUUAUUAAAAUAUCUCCCUACUUGCUUUCUUUGUAACUCAUGUCAUUAAGAGGUACCAUAUCUAUGCAAUCCCAGCCAGCCAGCAGCAUCUCUUGAAGUUUGUUCUGUUUUUUUUUUUUCCUUUUCAUCAUUACACAGUAAAAAAGAUUCUGUUCUUGAAAAUUUCUACCAAAUAACAGGAGUAAAGUAUACUCUGAAAGACAGUAAGUUUUAAUUAUGCUUUAAAAAUAAAAUCACAAUGUUGCCUACUUCUCUGUUAUAAUCAUGUAUUUUCUGAGCCUCUAUGAUAGGCUUAGAAAAUUAAAUUUUAGCCCCAGUUAUUGGAAAAUUUUAAAGUUAUUUAUGUUAUUCAGCAGAAUGUGGAGUUAUAUUUUCAGUAUCUUUGAGAAUCCCUGAAUGUUUCUUUUUCUGUUAGGAAAAUAUUAUACACAAAUUAUCUUUUCCUCUCUCCUUUUUGAAGCUUCUGUUGAUAUUUUUCUUUCUUUCAGCAUAUAAUCAAGUUUCACAGAGCUUCUAAAGCAAACAAGAAGCCAGUUCAGUUACCUCGGGGAAUGGUGAAGUCACUAUUGUAUCAGAUCCUAGAUGGGAUUCACUACCUGCAUGCUAACUGGGUGUUGCACAGGGAUUUGAAAGCGAUAGAAAAUUGGUAAGACUGCAUGCACCCUGUCAAGGCGGAAAACUUGGGAGACCCGGAAAAACAAGGCACUUCCAGCAAGUUCUGGCUCUCACAGAAACCUGCUAAUAUUUUAGUUAUGGGUGAAGGUCCUGAGCGAGGAAGAGUAAAAAUUGCUGAUAUGGGCUUUGCCCGAUUAUUUAAUUCACCUUUGAAGCCUUUAGCAGAUUUGGAUCCAGUAGUCGUAACAUUCUGGUACCGAGCCCCAGAACUACUUCUUGGAGCAAGACAUUAUACCAAAGCUAUUGAUAUUUGGGCUAUAGGGUGUAUAUUUGCAGAACUACUAACGUCAGAACCAAUAUUUCACUGUCGACAAGAGGACAUCAAAACUAGUAAUCCUUAUCACCAUGACCAGCUGGACAGAAUAUUCAAUGUAAUGGGAUUUCCUGCAGAUAAAGAUUGGGAAGAUAUAAAAAAGAUGCCUGAACAUUCAACAUUAAUGAAAGAUUUCAGAAGAAAUACGUAUACCAACUGCAGCCUUAUCAAGUAUAUGGAAAAACAUAAAGUUAAACCAGAUAGUAAAGCAUUCCACUUGCUUCAGAAGUUGCUUACCAUGGACCCAAUAAAGCGAAUUACCUCAGAACAGGCUAUGCAGGAUCCCUAUUUCUUAGAAGACCCACUUCCUACAUCAGACGUUUUUGCCGGUUGUCAGAUCCCUUACCCAAAACGAGAAUUUUUAACAGAAGAAGAACCCGAUGACAAAGGAGACAAAAAGAACCAGCAGCAGCAGCAGGGCAAUAACCAUACGAAUGGAACAGGCCACCCAGGGAAUCAAGACAGCAGUCAUGCACAGGGACCCCCGUUGAAGAAAGUGAGAGUUGUUCCUCCUACCACUACCUCAGGUGGACUGAUCAUGACCUCAGACUAUCAACGUUCCAAUCCACAUGCUGCCUAUCCCAACCCUGGACCAAGCACAUCACAGCCACAGAGCAGCAUGGGAUAUUCAACUACCUCCCAGCAGCCUCCACAGUACUCUCAUCAGACACACCGGUACUGAGCUGCGCCGGCAUCAUGUCAUUGCACUGUUGCUAUGCUGCGGGGCGGACUGCGCGGCUGUCCGCAGAGCCUGGCCUGGGCCGUGAGAAUGUACUGUGCAACCACGUCUUCAGAAUGUCCAGCCGCCGAGUCCCACCACUUUUCACAGAUUGGGGUAGUGGCUUCCAAGUUGUACCUGUUUUGGAGUUAGACUUGAAAAGAAAGUGCUAGCACAGUUUGUGUUGUGGAUAUGCUACUUCCAUAGUUUACUUGACAUGGUUCAGACUGACCAAUGCAUUUUUCAGUGACAGUCUGUAGCAGUUGAAGCUGUGAAAUGUGCUAGGGGCAAGCAUUUGUCGUCGUAUGUGGUGAAUUCUUUCAGUGUAACAACAUUAUCUGACCAAUAGUGCACACACAGAGAACUGUUUAACUGGUACUUGAAACAUACAGUAUAUGUUAACUCAACAAAAUAACCAAGACUCAAAAUGAGAUUAUUUUGGUACACCUUUCUUUUUAGUGUCUUUAUCAGUGGGUGGAUUAAUUUUCUACAUUAAUCUGUUUUUUUUUUGUUUUGUUUUGUUUUUUUUGACCAAGAAAAAUGCCUGGAUUUUUUUCAAAGUACAAAAACCACAUAGUUUUUCCAGAAAGGUUUCAAAACUCCCAAAGAUUAAUUUCCAACUUUACUAGUUUUUAUUUUCAAUCUUUGACUUGACUGGUAUUAAAGCUGCUAUUUGAUAGUAAUUAAGUAUGUUGUCAUUGAUAUAAACCUGUUUGGUUCAGCAAACAAACUAAAAUGAUUGUCACAGACAGUGUUUUAUUUUCCUGUUGGUGUUGCUGAUUUGUGAGCAUGCUUUAAGAUGACAAGAAGCAUGAAUGAUAACUUCCUUAAAAAGGAGCGGCAUCCAAUUCCGCUGUUUCGUCCUGAUUUUGAAGCUGGUUGGUGUAGUGCUCUUAAAAUUUUGUUCAGUUCAUUUUCUUUUCUAAAACUCAUUCGCACGUUGUUUAGGGUGCCCUUACUUCAGCAAGGAGAAGGAGUAGGAGAGCCUUAGAAUUUUUGAGGAAAAAAAAAACCUAUAACAUACAAUGUACUGUAUCAAACUAUUUUACAUGAAUGACACAAGUAUUCUGAAUAAAAAAGAAAUUGAACAUUGUUAAAAACAAGGUGUUAUGUAAUAAAUUUAUUUUUCA